AAAUAUGGUAUCACGCAAAAGAGGUCGGUCAUCGACAACGCUAUAACUAAUAAGAUGAAUACCUUGUACAAAGACGCGAUAUUUAAGUUUCAAGACGACAUUCGAUUUUGGAUCGCGUACAUGAAGUUCUGUAAACACGUGGUAGGUAGCGAGCACUUCCACAGCAACAUCAACCACAUGCUGGGCAGAAUGCUGCAGGUGCACAGAGACAAGCCCAAGUGCUGGCACAUAGCGGCAUGUUGGGAAUUGGAAGAGAACAAGAACAAGCACGGUGCACGGCAGUACCUCCUUAGAGGCUUACAGAUUCACCCUGAUUCUCGAUUACUGUACAUCGAUGCUUUCAAACUCGAAUUGGACAAUCGCCUGGCUCCCAACUCUGAAAAUACCGAGAACCGGGAAGAUAAUCCAGUGUCGGCAACGACGGACGAUAACGACAUGCCACUUCCGUUGAAAACGGCCUUCUUUAUAUACCAACAGGCUUUUGAGCACAUCAAGGAUAUUAAAUUUAUAGUCGAGUUGCUCAACAUCACAAAAGAAUACGACAACAUUGAGCAAUUGCAGAAGAGAAUCAUUUGCGACAUGAUUCGGGAGUACGCCCACGAGCCCCUGAUGUGGGAUACGAUGGCGCGUCGCGAGCUGCAGGGUCUGGUGCAACCACGCCUCAGUGACACGCCGAUGGAACUGGAGGAUGCCGAGCAGGUCUCCUUGAGGGAUCGUAUCACGUCCUGCAACAAGGUCUACCAGACCGCCGUGAAGAAGAUCAAAACUGAAGAGAUCUGGUCGUUGUACAUAGAGUGCUUGUUGGAGAUUAAUCGCGACCUGCAAUCGUUGCCGAACUUCAAAAGGAAACUCUUGAAAACCGCCCUGAUGCAGGCGCAUCAGGCGAAGAAACUGAAGGAGGAGCAUUAUUUGCACUGGAUUAAUAUGUUGAGCGUCGACAAGAAGCACGACGAGAGCGUACGGAAAAAGCUGGACGAAGUGCUGUGCGGAGCGACCGAUGCUGUACCAAACAGCGUUAGAAUUUGGCACGCGCGGUUCAACCAUAUGUUGCAGAGCGGCCUGGAGAAGGAGGCGUACGCUAUGUUUCCAAAGGUGACGGAGAUAUUGGGUGAGAAAGCGUUACCUUUGUGGAAAAUGCGGAUCUUGCAUGCCCAGAUAAAGAGCUCGGAAGAGGCCGAGGAGAGCUUUCAAGCGGCUCUGCAGUCACACAUACUGAUUGCCAGAGAUAUCAAGCCUAUGUGGCUCGAAUGGCUCGUUUUAACGAAAGGCAUCUGUGCGGCUCGCCAGGCAUACAAGAGCCUCUAUCUUCAACCGCCCACCUCGUUGGACUUCCACAAGAAGAUGAUUGCGCUGGAGCUUAUGCAGCCGGAAACUAUGCCAAAGUACGUACGGCGACCUUACGAUAUAGCGACGAUGGAAUUUGGGACUAACGACACGGCCAUCUGGAUCGACUACAUCAAGUACGAGAUGAAGCACGGAGACCCGAAGAAAGCUAGCAACAUCCACCAGCAGGCGGUUAAGACGUUGGAUCGUAGCUUAGCGUACUCCUUCUUAGCGGAUUAUAGUCUGAUUGCGGCAAAGCCUGAUUCCAUAUGAUGCCGAUCGUAAACGUGCACUGUACAUAUAUCAAGCGCGACAUGUAUGUAUCGCGUGCUCGUGUCGUCACACGCAAAACUACUGCCCCGACUUGCGUUAUUUGUAAAUUAAUAGAGUAAUAUAUCGCAUUUCGGUAAAUGUUUAGAAUAUGUGACUGGAAUCUACCGACAAGAAGUAAAAUAUUGAAAUACAGCUAUACUGGAAGAGGCACUGUUCUAUAACGUCAGUGCGCAUACAGCACCGAAAGAUUGCAGAAACGUUGCACACACCUUUCACUGUAACAUUGUAACAUUGCAUGGAGCUUGCGAAAUGUUUCAGCAACGUUGUUGCAAGCUUGAAGCAACAUUGAAACGACCUCCAUCAGACGUAUUACAAUGUAACAUUGCAGUAAUGGCACGGUGCAAUGUAUUUGUAAUAUUGAUUUCAUUAUACGUUAUUUAUAUAAAUAUGCAGGAUAGGUCGUUCGGAAAAUUCGUUUUAAAUUUCCUAUAUAUGUAUUUAUAAUAGAUAGGAAAAUUGAAAAACAAACUUUCCGAAUAACCUAAUAAAUAAAAUUUGCGAAUAUAAAGACACCCAAGAGAUAUGUAAGAAAAAUCUAAAUAAUAUUAUAAUACGUUACCAAUAUAUUUUGCCAACUUUAUAAUAUUUCUACAAGGUUAC